AUGUACGGGCACCGGCACCGUACCGGUAUCGGGGCUGUACCGGUAUCGGGGGUGCCCCGGCACCGGCGGGGUGCUGGCACCGGGAAGGGAGCACUGGCACCGGGGGAUGUAACGGGCCAGGAGUGUGCUGGCACCGGGGCUGGAUCGCUCUGGGCUCAGCCCCGGGCUUAUCCAUGUGUGAGCCUCGUGCCCAGGCACUGUAAUUUUGGCCAAGAACGGUCCCCGCGUGCCCAUCAGCCGCUCGCAGUCUCUGUCACGGCUCUUUCCCGGCUCAGGUGUGAGAACUGCCUGCUGCGCUUCCGCACGCACCGCUCGCUCUUCAAGCACCUGCACGUCUGCUCCGACAGCGCCAGCGGCCCCGCGCCGGCCCCGCGGCCCGCGCUGCCUCCCGCUGCCCCCGCCGCGGACAAGGAGCCCCCCAGGCCCCCCGAGGCGCUGCCCAAGCCGCCCAGCGCCCUGCGGCCCCUGCAGAAGGAAUCGCCGGCGGCGGGCGCGGACUCUGCCCCGGCGGCGCUGCCCGGCCCGCUGGAGCCGCUGGGGUCGGGGGCCCCGCACCCCUUCCCGCUGCUGGAGCCCGGCCUGUUCGGGCCCUCGUCCUUGACUCGCUUCUCGGGGCCGGCCCCGUCCUCGGUGCCGGGGCCCUUCCUGCCCUACGUGCCCCCCUCGCCCUACGGGCUGGCGCAGCCCCCGGCUCAGCACCGCCUGCGGCCCUUCCUGCCGGGCCACGGCCCCCCCAGCGUCUCCAACGCCGUCUGGAAGAAAAGCCAAGGUGUGAGUGUCAGCCCACUCCUCCCAUGCUUUGGCUCAGGAGUGACUCCAGGGCACUCCUCCAACAGCCGCAUCGUCUGGGAGCACACGCGGGGCCGCUACAGCUGCACGCAGUGCCCCUUCUCCACCGCCUCCCGCGAGGACAUGACCCUGCACAUCGAGGACCACCGCAAGAACCCCCAGCCCGGGCGCCUGGAGGCCGAGAUGGAUUUCGGGGUGGGCCUGGCCCCAUUCCACACCAAGCUGCCGCCAGAGAUGGAGAACUCCCUGUACUCCCAGCUUUGAUGCCCUCGGCUCCCAAGGGACUCUCCUGCACCUCCCUGUCCCUGCCCCGAGCCGGGCAGGGGGCACAGCACAGCCCUGCCACUGUGCUGGGACAGGCAGCCCUCCCUGGGGACAGGAGCAGCAGAGGGGCCGAUGUUUCCCCUGGAAUUUCUCCCCUUCCUUUUUAUUUUCGGGACUCUGCCGCAGCCAGAACCGCCGUAUCUCCCUCCCCGAAAGGUUUUGUUGUUUCAGCCCCGGGGGCUCUGCGGGGAGCCCGGUAGGUUCUCAGGAGUUAGUGGACUUCUCUGGAAUGAGAUCUCGGAAAAAUAAAUGGGAAUUGUACAGGAGCGGCAGCCGGGAGAGGCUCUGUCAGUCCCUGUGGGAAGGGGCGACCGGGGCUGGCUCUGACGAGCCCCCCAAAACCAAAGGAG